AUGGACCCUGGUGAAAGCUGGAAGCUGGAUGAAUCCAACUGGUUGUCUCAUGGUGGGAUCCAUGCCUUUGCCAGUGUGACAGGAGGCUCCACAUCUGUUUGUUACAAGCCCACUAGCCCAGUCCAGGUACUGGAAGACACUGGCUUUCUUUACCAGGAUCACCAGUUGUUUGCUGGCAGGCAUGAAGUUUCUCCGCUGACAGCUGAAGUGAUCAGUGCCAAAGAAAAAGCUGCGCCGGCCCCGGGCGGCGCCAAGGGCCUCAAGGCGGCCCUGCCGCCCUGCAAGGGCACCGACCCGCGGGGCCCCCCGCCCGAGUACCCCUACAAGGGCAAGGCAGGGGCCCCAGGCAGCAAGGCACAGGAGCACGGGCUGUUCUACAGCGAGCAGCCGGCACAGGACAUCCUCAAGGCCUCCUACGCCGUGCCCCAGCCCGCCCGGGCAGAGGUGGCCCUGGUCCGGUACCAGCCGCCCCCAGAGUACAGCAGCCGACAAUGCCAGCCGCCCUUCCCGCCACCACCGGCCCAGCAGCACAGCCCCAUGUCCUCACAGGCCACUGCUGCUGGUGGCCCUUUGCUCCCAGGAGCCUUGCCACCACUGCCAGCCCCCACCACUGCCCAGGCAUCGACGCCGACACCACCAGGCCAGCAGCUGACACCCGACGCUUUUGCCAUCGUGGAGCGGGCACAGCAGAUGGUGGAGAUGCUCUCUGAGGAGAACCACGUGCUGCGGCAGGAGCUGGAAGGGUACUAUGAGAAGGCAGACAAGCUGCAGAAGUUUGAAGUAGAGAUUCAGAGGAUUUCAGAAGCUUAUGAGAGCCUGGUCAAGACCACCACUAAGAGGGAGUCUUUGGACAAAGCAAUGAGAAACAAACUUGAAGGAGAAAUUAGGAGACUUCAUGACUUCAACAGGGAUCUCCGUGAACGACUGGAGACAGCCAAUAGGCAACUAGCCAGCAGAGACUUCGAUGGGCAUGAGGAUAAGUCAACAGAGGGCCUUUUUGUCACUCAGAACAAAGAGCACUUGAAGGAGAAGGAGAAGCUGGAGAUGGAGCUGGCAGCUGUGCGCUCUGCCAACGAGGACCAGCGGAGACACAUCGAAAUCCUCGACCAGGCCCUAAACAACGCGCAAGCCAAGGUCAUCAAGCUGGAAGAGGAGCUGCGCAGGAAGCAGGCCUACGUGGAGAAGGUGGAGAAGCUGCAGCAGGCGCUGACACAGCUGCAGGCGGCCUGCGAGAAGCGGGAGCAGAUGGAGCGGCGGCUGCGCACACGCCUGGAGCGGGAGCUGGACUCGCUGCGGAUGCAGCAGAGGCAGGGCAGCUACCAGGCAAGCAGCCUCCCAGAGCACAAUGCCCCAGCCCUGAUGGAGCUGGUGCGGGAGAAGGAGGAGAGGAUCCUGGCCCUGGAAGCUGACAUGACCAAGUGGGAGCAGAAGUACCUGGAGGAGAGUACGAUCAGGCACUUUGCCAUGAAUGCUGCAGCCACAGCUGCAACAGAGAGGGACACCUCCGCUCCGAGCCACUCGCGCAAUGGCAGCUACAGCGAGAGCGCGCUGGAGGUGCGGGGCUGGCAGGAGGAGGAAGAGAUCGUGCAAGCCAACCGGCGCUGCCAGGACAUGGAGUACACGAUAAAGAAUCUCCAUGCAAAAAUCAUUGAGAAGGAUGCCAUGAUUAAGGUCCUUCAGCAGCGGUCGCGGAAGGACCCCGGGAAAGCUGACAGUGCCAGCCUGCGACCAGCUCGCUCCGUCCCUUCCAUCGCCGCUGCUGCGGGGACACAUUCGCGCCAGACCUCGCUCACCAGCAACCAGAUAGCUGAGGAGAAGAAGGAAGAGAAGAUCUGGAAGGGAAGCAUAGGGCUGCUCCUGGGGAAGGAGCACCACGACCAGUCUUCGGGACCCUCGCUGCCUCCUCCGCUGCCCUCCUUGUCCUGCAUGCCCAUCCCGGCCCCGACAGCUUCCCACAUGAAGACAGGCAGCAAAGACAGCAGCACCCAGACAGACAAGAGUGCUGAGCUCUUCUGGCCCAGCACUGCCUCCUUCCCUGGCCGAGGACGGCUGGGUACCACCCCGUCACACAGCCCUGCCCCACGGCCCCCGGGGACACGAGUCACUGGUGAGAAACUGGACAAUGCAGGCCAUGGGAAGCUGCCUGACAGCAAAGGCAGAGUGAGCAGCUUGCUCCACAAGCCUGAGUUUCCAGAUACAGACAUGAUGGAAGUCCUCAUCUGAGCAGAGGGUGACAUCUCUGGGGUUU